AUGGACGACCCGGUCAUUGAGGGCGGCCCUGAAAGCUUCAAGAAGCAAGGUAACAUGGACUAUGCCGCAGGAGACUACCUUAAAGCCCUCGACUCGUACAACAAGGCCCUUGGCUUUUUUCCCUCGACACAGCUGUAUGGGAAACAACAAGCUUUACGCUUUUGCAUCCGUUCAAACCGGAUGCAAACUUUGUUAAAAAUACCAAAUGCGACUUUUGUUGAUGAGCGUAAAGAGCUACACUCGGACGUUCUCCAACUUUUCAGCCAACGAAACAAGUUCGUGGAUGAAAUUCUAAUCGUCAAAACACUAUGUCGGAUUGCUAGAUCCUACUGCCAGGAGCACGACCCUUCGUCGGCGUCGUUGUAUCUCCGUAUGCGUUUUGAGUAUGCGGAUGAUGUACUGAAGAAGGAAACGAAUCAGCUCCUACUUGACGUUACAAGACCAUUCUGGGAGGAGAGGCUUCAGAAUGGAGAUGCGAGAAAAGAGUACAAUGAAACUGAUGAGGCCGGAGAAUGCGAUGAGACCGAAGAGACAGAUAAAUACGAGGAGUACGAAUAUUGA